AUCAAUUUGUCUCUUAAUCUUCUCUUAAAAACAGAAACACAAGUAACCCUCGUUUCACGGUUUCACCACGCAUUCGCUGUCUUUUAGCGCAAACCCCAACUCUCUCUCUCUGCAAACUCAACCUUGUACUUGUGAGUUUUUCUUUCCCCUUUCAAAGGAGGAUAUUGUUCUCAUUCAAGAAAAAUGGGGCGAGCUUUAGUAAAGGUUGAACUUGGUGAUUCUCAUAUGAGUGAGUUGAAUUAUCCUGAUGAUAAAAGAAUAAGAUCAGAAAGGCGGUGGAGGAGACGAGAGGCCAUGAAUGACAGUUUGAAGUACAAUUGUUUCACUAGUGCUACAAAGACGACUGUGAUGAAUGGUGAAAAUAUGGCUGCUUUAAAUGCUAAAAAUGACCAUACGAUAGAUCUUGAUGCAGAUGAAGAUAAUGUAAACAAUUUGAGUGCAAAUACCGGUGAAGAUGAUGAUAAAAUGGAUGAAGAUCAUGGAAAUAUGGCCGCUUUAAUUGAUAAAAAUGAUCAUGUGAUAGAGUGUGAUGCAGCAGAUGAAGAUAAUGUGAACAAUUUGAGUGCAAAUACCGGUGAAGAUGAUGAUGAAAUGGGUGAAGAUCAUGGAAAUACGGCUGCUUUAAUUGAUAAAAACGAUCAUACUAUAGAUGAUGAGGCUGAUGAAGAUUAUGCAGAAUUUUUGAGUACAUAUACUGGUGAAGAGGUUGAUGAAACGGAUGAAGAUUAUGGAAAUACGGAUGCUUUAAUUGAUAAAAAUAAUCAGACUAUAGAUGAUGAUGCAGAUGAGGAUUAUAUGAAAUUUUUGAGUGGAUAUACCAGUGAAGACGAUGAUGAAACGGAUGAAGAUUAUCGAUCCUUUUUGACUACAUAUGAUCCUGAUAUUCUAACUGAUUGUUCUAGUAAUCACAAUGGAGGUUCAAAUGGCAACAACAGUGGCAGUGAUGAAACGGAUGCAGAUUACGCAGCCUUUUUGCCUACAUAUAAUCCUGAUGAUAGUGGAAUUGAUUGUGCUAGUAAUCACAGUGGUUCAAAUAUUGACGUCAACUUUGACGACAACACUGGCAGGGAGGAUGUAGGAGAAGGUUGCAGUUAUUUUCCGAAUCAAUCUGUUUCUGAUCAUAUUAGUGAUGGUGUUGGUGUAGAUGAAGAUGAUCAGUUACUAGGAAAAAGUUCAAGUGUUAGGCGAAAUUCACUCGUUUCUGAUCAGGAAUUUGAUACUCCUGAAGUGCAGUUUGAUGUUGAUGAAGAUUAUGAACAAUUCCUUAAUUCUGUGACGAUUGUUGAUGACGAUAAGGAGUAUUUUCGUGACAAGAAUACCACCAACACAUCCAAUGUGGAGGAUGAGAAUAAUUCCUCUGAUUCAGAUCUGAUUAUUUUGGAUUCUUAUCCAAUUUGUGAAAACACCCCUUUCGUUUCUUCAAAAACAUAUGAUACAUCGUGUUUUGGAGAUAAAAUGAACCCCGAAGACAACAACCAAAUAGCUGCUUAUGAUCUUUCUGAAUUCCGGAAAAGACUUAUGGAAUGUCUUGACAGGCCUUAUGACCAAAAAGAGUAUGAUGAGCUUCUUCUCAAAGCAUCUAAGCAUACAAAAAAAGAACGCCAUCUAGAAACCCGGCGGGGGGUGGUCAAAGCAUAUUACUCUAAAGGUCUUAGCAAAUCAUAUCUUGAUAUGUACCCUGAUCUAGUAAAAGUUAUUACCGAGUUCAAGGAACAACAUAGGGUUUUGUUUCUCUUGCGAGGAUUUUUUUUCUGGGUGGAAAAAGUGAGCCUCUUGGGAAGGUUUCAGCCUUGGCGUGACGAAUCAUGUUUAGAGAUAUUGCAAAAAAUAUAAAAAUGGCAUCUCUUAUAUCUAUGAUUUGGAACUAAUGGUUUUUGAAUCUGCAUUGCAUAGGCAAUGUUUUUAUGUACAGUUAAACAUAUCACUGAAUUAUGACACAAUAUGCAGUAGCUGAAAAUUAAAGUUACUUCUUCAUUAUUAGCUGAGUAAGAAAACCAUGUAUUAGUGUUUGCUUUUUA